CAUCGUUGCAAUUUCAUCCGUAAUUUCCAGUAGCAAGAAACAAAAAUCAAGCUGAAGCAGAAGCUGAAGAAGACGGAGCUAUUUUGAAUUGAUCUCAGUCGCAUCAUAUCGCAUCCUCUUCUUGAGGCCAAAGAUGCCUCGAAAAUGUGGAGGGAAAUUAGAGACAGAGAAGCGGGGAAAACCCGUCCUAUUUCCUUCACGAACCGGGUUAAGUCCAACCGGAUCGCUAAUCUUCAACUCUCCAAUUACAAAGACAUCGUCUCUCCUCAUAGAGGCUCCGUCAACUCUCUUCAGGUUGAUUUGACAGAGGGCCGUUAUUUAUUAUCCGGUGCAUCGGAUGCAUCAGCUGCUGUUUUUGAUAUUCAAAGGGCUGCGGAUUAUGAAGGAGGAGGUGUUAUUGCUAAGCACAAGUCAAUAUUUGUUGUUGACAAGCGUCAUGAAGCCGGACAUAAAUAUUCCAUUGCUUCAGCUAUAUGGUACCCUGUGGAUACAGGGCUAUUUGUCACGGGUUCCUAUGAUCAUUAUAUAAAAGUUUGGGACACUAAUUCCACUCAGGUGGUGAUGCAUUUUAAAAUGCCUGGAAGAGUUUAUAGAACUGCAAUGUCUCCGUUGGCAACUUCUCAUAUGUUGAUAGCUGCAGGAACUGAAGAUGUUCAAGUUCGACUUUGUGAUAUUGCUUCCGGUGCAUUUGCACAUACACUUUCUGGUCACCGUGCUAGUGUUAUGUCAGUGGAAUGGUCAACUUCAAGUGAGUGGAUUUUGGUUACUGGAGGAUUUGAUGGUGCCAUACGGUUUUGGGAUAUCAGACGUGCUGGGUGUUUUCGUGUUUUAAAUCAGACUGAGUCUCAGCUUGGGAGACGCCCACCAAUUCUUUCACGCUCCAUCACAAAUAAGGCAGCACAAAAGAAAUCAGCUAGUGGGAAUGAAAUGAGGAAGUCACCUCUUGGUCGAACUCCAGUCAAGGGACCUGUCAGGCGCAGAUUACAUCCAGGGAUGUCAUCUAUGCUGGACAGUGGUGCUGCCCAUUUUGGUGCUGUUACUGGUCUAAAAAUGACUGAAGAUGGAAUGUAUAUUCUAAGUGCAGGAUCUGAUUCAAGAAUGAGAUUAUGGGAUAUUGAAUCUGGCUGCAAUACACUUGUGAACUUCGAAACUGCUCGACUACAAACCACCAAGCCACUUCAAUUGGCCACAACACAAGAUUCAUCCCUUGUUUUUGUCCCAUGCAUGACAACUGUGAAGGCAUUUGAUGUUUGGUCGGGUAGGACUUUCAUGACUUUUCGUGGUCAUUAUGAGGAAGUGAACUGUUGCUGGUUCAACUCACAAGAUCAGGUUAAAUCCUUUUCCCAUUAACUUGAUUCACAAUUCUAAUUGUAUUUCUUAUAAACUGGAGAAAGCAACAUCUUUGCUACAAUGUCAAUUAGGUUUUAUCAAACAGUUUAGGUUCUGAAUCCCCUUAUCCAGUACAAUUUGUGAAUAUUAGAUCAGAACUCAAAAUCAUGAUUUAUUCUUCUGUAGUUAUAGAUUUCUUUCCUAAGACCCGAGUAGUGUUCAUGCAAAUGCAAAGAGAAGCUUGUGCUGUUAUUAGGCCCGCUUCAUCAGGGGAAGAAGAAAUAUAACUUGAUUUAAGGUUAUUAGAUCAGAAAUAUUAGAUCAGAACUCAAAAUCAUGAUUUAUUCUUCUGUAGUUAUAGAUUUCUUUCCUAAGACCCGAGUAGUGUUCAUGCAAAUGCAAAGAGAAGCUUGUGCUGUUAUUAGGCCCGCUUCAUCAGGGGAAGAAGAAAUAUAACUUGAUUUAAGGUUAUUAGAUCAGAAAUAUUAGAUCAGAACUCAAAAUCAUGAUUUAUUCUUCUGUAGUUAUAGAUUUCUUUCCUAAGACCCGAGUAGUGUUCAUGCAAAUGCAAAGAGAAGCUUGUGCUGUUAUUAGGCCCGCUUCAUCAGGGGAAGAAGAAAUAUAACUUGAUUUAAGGUUAUUAGAUCAGAAAUAUUAGAUCAGAACUCAAAAUCAUGAUUUAUUCUUCUGUAGUUAUAGAUUUCUUUCCUAAGACCCGAGUAGUGUUCAUGCAAAUGCAAAGAGAAGCUUGUGCUGUUAUUAGGCCCGCUUCAUCAGGGGAAGAAGAAAUAUAACUUGAUUUAAGGUUAUUAGAUCAGAAAUAUUAGAUCAGAACUCAAAAUCAUGAUUUAUUCUUCUGUAGUUAUAGAUUUCUUUCCUAAGACCCGAGUAGUGUUCAUGCAAAUGCAAAGAGAAGCUUGUGCUGUUAUUAGGCCCGCUUCAUCAGGGGAAGAAGAAAUAUAACUUGAUUUAAGGUUUU